AAGCUGGGAGAGAGAACGUGAGGGAAAAGAGGCUGGGGCCGUGAUUGGAGGCGGCCUGGCUGGGGAUGUGGAGGAGAGUCGGGAUGGCUGCCGGCGAAGGCCUGGGACCGGCGCUGAGGGCGGUGAGGGAGCAGCUCCAGCAGGCGGCCGCCAGGAGGCCCCAGAGCUUGCCUGCCAUUCAGCCGCGACUUGUAGCUGUCAGUAAAACGAAACCUGCUGAAAUGGUCAUUGAAGCCUACAAUCAUGGACAACGCAGUUUUGGAGAAAACUAUGUCCAAGAAUUACUAGAGAAGGCAUCAGACUCAAGAAUUCUCUCUUCAUGCCCAGACAUUAAAUGGCAUUUCAUAGGCCAUCUGCAGAAAAACAAUGUCAACAAACUGAUAGGGGUACCAAACCUGUUUAUGCUGGAAACGGUGGAUUCCCUAAAACUGGCAGACAGAGUGAAUGCUUCUUGGCAGAAGAAGGGAUCUCUGGAGAAGCUAAAAAUCAUGGUACAAAUAAACACUAGUGGGGAAGACAGUAAGCAUGGACUGCCACCAGGGGAAACAGUGACAACUGUGGCACACAUCCUCCAGAAGUGUACCAGCCUGGAAUUUGUGGGCUUGAUGACAAUUGGCAGCUUUGGGCAUGACCUUAGCAAGGGGCCCAACCCUGACUUCCAGAUGUUGAUAGCGUUGCGUCAGGAGGUGUGUGAGAAGCUCAACAUCCCCAUUGAAAAUGUUGAGCUGAGCAUGGGAAUGUCCACAGACUUCCAGCAUGCAAUUGAAGUUGGAUCCACAAAUGUUAGAAUUGGAAGCACUAUCUUUGGAGAGCGGGAUUAUUCCAACAAACCUCCCAGUGACAAAGCCCCAAGGGAGAUUAAGGACAAACUGGAGAAUUUGACAGUGCAAGAGCAUUAACUGAGAAGGCCCAAGAGAUUUCCUCAGCUAGGGGAAUCUAUUCUGAUGGACCUUACUAUGCACUUGACUUUCCCUUUGUAUGGACAGCUGUGGGGCACUAUCAGGUAACCAGAGGAUGUCGCAGACACUUCGUCACCUGUAAUUUUAUUCUUGUGUGUCCAUAGAGAUUGAAUUUUUUUUAAAACCAGCAAAUGAACACCUGUGAUUAACAAGUGACUUUUGGUACCGUAGCUACCGUGACUUUAGAUAGCUAUACCAGAUAACCAGCUGACUUAAGCCCUACUAGGUUUGGGCAUGAAACAUUUUCAGCCAUAGCCAUUGUGCAUUGAUAAUUGAAGACAUGCUUUAUUCUAAUUUAUCUUCCCCUGAGGCAAACAUCCUUCUUUGCAGGGAUACCUUGGGAUCAUCCUCCAUCGUUCAUACCCCAUGAAUGCUUCCUUGGGAACGGCUGUUUUGAUGUGUAUAAACAGGAGCAGUUUUGCAGUGGUCUCUCCUAGAUCCUUAAGACAUUCAGUGUGGGUGGCUUGUAGCGUGGUACACUCAGGAAAGAUGGGCAAGGAUCCACCUGCAAGCAUAAACUAAUGGUUGUCUUUGAGACAUUGAUCUGGAAACCGAUUAGGAUGAAUCCAUUCUCUGAAGACACAAACACUAAUCACUGGCUACAUAUCACAUUCUUUUUUUGCUCUGUAAAAAUCCUACCCACUCCCUAAUGAAAAAAAACCAACAUUUGCGUAAAUUGAUGGUUGGAAGUUUCUGUCUCUGCCGCUGACUUGCUGUGUAAUCUUGGCCAAGUCACUUAACCAUGCUGUGCCUGCAUCCCCUCUAUGAGAAAUGGGGUUGACCUACCUCACGUGGCAAACUGAGAGGUUGCCAUGCACGGAAAGUUCUUUAAAAUGCCUCCUUGCUACCAUCAGAGGAAAUGCAGCGACUGCAGAGAGGCAGCCUUGGAGAGAAGGCCAAACAACAUCUGAACAGCCCAAAGUGAUUUGCACACUUGUCUGCAUGUGCAUGUGUGUGUGUGUGAGAGAGAGAGCGGCAGGUGUGCACAUGGCAUGUAUGUAAAAAUCCCACGUUAUUAGUCAGCUCCUAAUUUUGAAAGCAAAGCCAUUAUCAUUGUCGUAGAGGCAGGAUCCCAAAUGGCAAAGCGUUGCAAGGAGUUGAAUCCCAACUGUACAUAUUGCUCUGCCAUCUUUAAAGAAAUCAUGUUAAACCAGCCAUGAUUCUGCCUUCACAGAUAUAUCAUCCAGGUAUUCAUCCUCCCUCUGCAGCACCCCCAGUCAGUGACAAUGUUUACAGUGGAGUCUGUUUUGUAUCUUAAUAUGUUGACAAUCUACUUCUACUGCUGCUAUAAAUGACUUUAGACCCUCAUAAAAAUAGCCCUCCUUCCUUUACCCAACCUGCUUGCUUUUCCCCACACAGAAAAAGCUUCCAGCAUUUGUGUGUCUUUGCGUUCAUCUGGGUAGCUCAGUUGUAAGGAAGAAACCAUAGUUCACUGGUGUAAAAUAGUGAUUCUCAGACUUUGGUCUUCUGACAUUUGGACAUUCAGCUCUCAGAAUCCCUGAACUUUAUCCCUGUUUUCUGUUGCUCUGGGGAAGUUAAAAAUCCCUAAACCUGUCAAGGGCCACUAAUGUAGAAAUCACUGCUGAUUCAUGUGUGUUCCCAGGUUCAGUCCCUGACAUCUCUGGCAAAAAGGCUCAGGUAAGAGGUGUUGGAAAUGAUUUCUGCCUAGACUUUGGAACGCUUUACUGGGCCAGAUGGACAAAUAGUCUGACUUGGUAUCAGGCAGCUUUCUGUGUCCCUAGAGGUGGGAAUCACUUUUUCAUCCCCUGUGGAUACAACUCUGGAUGCAUUUGCAAAGAACACAUACGGCCCAGUAAUAGUGUCCCACCAUGUAGCUGCAGUGCUAAGCACAGUCCCAACUGCUCUCUCCCUGAGCUCCACAGUGCAGUGUUUUCAUUGUGUGUGAAGAAUAAAACCAGUUGUGGAUCAAAAUGCCGUACCAUCUGUGCCACUUAGUAAGCUAUUAAAGAUGUUUUCUUUUCCUGAA